AUGGUAUAUCGGCCACAAGCCAACGGGACCGCUGAGCGAAUGGUGCAGACCGCGACCAAGGCGCUCAAGAUGUACGUCCGCGAUCUCGAUCAAAAGGAUUGGGACAAAUAUGCUGAGCGCCUCACCUUCGCGAUCGGAUCCGAGGAGAUACCCCUCACUAUUUGGUGCAUGAACGCGCGACGGUGGCGAUAUCGAGUCCAGCGAUAUUAUCAGCAGUCCCGAGAACAAGUCAAUGCUAGAUUGAAGGAAGCCAUUGCAGAUCGGGCCGACCGACACAACGAAGACGUCGGAUCGCACCAGAUCAAGGCCGGAUCUCGCAUCUGGUUAUAUCUAGAUCGGGUGAAGGAGGGAUACGCGCGGAAAUUGGCUCACCUGUGGCAUGGGUCGUUCCGAGUUGCCGAGGAAAUCAACGAAUUCAGCGUCAAGUUCGAGAUCGCAGGCAUCGGGUACCAGAUCUUCCCAGUAGUGCACGUGUCGAAGUUGAAAUUGGUCAAGGAUUUUCCGGAUCGGCCGCGAGUGGAACUUACGGUUAAUGAGGCGGAUCGGUUUGAUUUCGAUGAGAUCCUGCUUCCGGAGGACAGUUGGGUCCCGGAUCUGGGCCGUGCGGGCAGUCUCGGUGAGAAGGUCCAAGCGAACCUGAUCACGUUCGGCAACCGCCUGAUCACGGAGGCGGAGGGCCGAAUCACGAUCGCCAAGGGCCCGAUCCCGAUCUUCGGUGGUCUGGGCAAGUUGCUUGAAGGCUCGAUCGCGAUCGGAGUUAUAGCUGGCGAGAGCGGUGGCGGAUUCAGACCUCGCAUCGUCAGUCUCACGCUCCAGGCCUCGGACCUGCGCCUGCAGGUCCCUGAUCUCGUCCCCGGCUUGAAUAGCUUCCAGGUGCAGGCGAUCCCGAUCAGUCUCGGCGUUGUGAAGAUCUUCACGGGCGGAAAUAGUUUGACGCUCGAAGUCGUUCCGUUCAGUGCGCAGUUGAAGGACCUGGGUAUGGAGACUCUCGGGAUCGUCACCAAUGGCGUGAGUGAGAGUCGAGAUCUCGGUCUCAUGUCGAGUGAUAUGGUCUCGCUGGCCGUGUUGAAACGCUUCCAUGUCCCGGAUGUUGGAUCGCAGCUGGUGGACUUGCAGAUCGAGGUGAUCCCGGUCUCGAACGAGGUGAUCUCGCGUAAGAUUGCUCUGGCGAAGUUCGCUCUCCAAUGUGGUCAACCGUCGAUCCCGAUCGGAGGUCUGGGAGUGCGGGCGGCGAGAUCGUGGAGUGCCGCGAGUGGUGGCUCGCGGUGGACUGCGGCGAGUCCGGAGGGGUCGGAACAGGAAGCCUCCCGGGGUCGUUGCCGGUUUGGCUCAUGGAGAUCGCUGGUGGUGGAAUGA